AUGACAGAGCUUGAUUACGCCAUUUUCAAUUCAAUCUUCAUACUUCUCGGGGUCACUGCAGACCUUUUUGAGGCGGUCUUGAUGGUUGAUGCGGACACCAAAGUUGAUAAGCGGGCAUUGAGAAUCCUUGUCAAUGCACUUCAAGCAGACUCUAUGAUUAUGGGGCUCUGUGGGGAGACGCGCAUUUCCAACAAGAGAGAAUCAUGGGUCACCAUGAUCCAGGUCUUUGAAUACUACAUAAGCCAUCAUCUUGGAAAAGCCUUUGAGAGUGUAUUUGGCGGUGUUACUUGCCUUCCCGGCUGCUUUUGCAUGUAUAGGAUUAAGGCACCAAAGAAUGGGGGUUGGGUUCCUCUCUUGGCGAGCCCCGAAGUUGCGAUAAAAUAUGCGGAAAACAAAACCGACACCCUUCACAAGAAGAACCUGCUGCUUCUCGGGGAAGACAGAUAUCUAUCCACCCUGCUUUUAAAGUCCUUUCCAAAGCGAAAGCUGAUGUUCGUCCCAGAUGCAUUGUGUCGCACCGUGGUCCCAUCAAAAUUUUCCAUUCUUCUUUCACAGCGGCGAAGAUGGAUAAACUCCACCAUUCAUAAUCUCCUGGAAUUGCUGCUUGUCCGAGAUCUUUGUGGAAUAUUUUGCUGCAGCAUGCAAUUUGUUGUUUUUAUGGAGCUAAUUGGGACGCUGGUCCUUCCAGCAGCAAUCACGUUUACCGCAAUUUUGGUUGUCGUUUCAAUUUCCGAUCCAGUGGCGGCUGCUGUCCCUUUGGCACUAUUGGCAUUGAUAUUGGGAUUGCCGGCUAUCCUGAUACUGAUCACGACAAGGAAAUUUGUGUACAUCGGUUGGAUGUUAAUAUAUUUGCUUGCCCUUCCCAUAUGGAAUUUUGUUCUUCCAUUAUAUGCGUAUUGGCACUUUGAUGAUUUUAGUUGGGGCGAGACUCGGAAAGUUGCACCGCAAAAAGAAGUGUUAAAGGAUACCUCGGAGAAUCACACUGAUGCAAAUUCUGAAGUGAAAAUCGUCAUGAAGCGAUGGUGUGAAUGGACGAAGCAUCUCUAUUUGUGCGAUAGCCAAUAA